UUAUCUGUAUAGAAACAAUUUUAAAGUCAGUUAGAAUGAUGGUCCCUCAACGCUACGAGUAUAUUCCAAACUGUCAUAUUUCACACGAGUCUGUUCCAAACUGUUAUCACAAUUUCGGGUCUGUGAGCCAGAUGUGCGAAAGUGGCUUCAAUGCCGCAGAAGGAUUCUCCAGGAUGGCGUCCCUGGGCGGGACGCCCAUCGGUAUGCCGCAAGGUUUACAAACACCUCAAGCUGUCAAAAAGCAAGAGGACCACAUCAAAAGGCCCAUGAACGCGUUUAUGGUGUGGUCACGUCUUCAGCGCAGAAAGAUAGCACAGGAGAAUCCGAAAAUGCACAAUUCGGAAAUUUCGAAAAGACUCGUCUAA